GCGUCAAAAUUGUUUGUGUCGCGGCGGCAGCUACACGCCAGCGAGAUGGAGGUGCCCGUGUUGUCCUUGCCCCAGGCUGUUCUCGACCAGCUCGUCCAGCACCUGGAGCCACAGUUGGCUCUGGGGAAGGACUGGAAGGGGUUGGCGGGAGUGAUCGGGUUCAACGCGCGGCACACUGCCUUCAUCGCGGCUCGUAAGUCGGACUCUACGCGUACGCUGCUGAUAGCGUGGGGCCAGUCCGGAAGAAGCACCGUGGAGAAGCUGGUUCUCGCACUACUCUGCCUGGGGCGCGAAGACUGCAUUCGUAUUCUCCAGUCAUCCUUACCAGGUGUGUUUCUAUACCCAGAUGUGGAUGCUGCUAGCUUGUUCUGACUACGUACGUGUGUUUGCCAUCUGUGUUGUACUGCUCCCUCUGUCCCAAUUCUACCAGGUCUGGACCUCACUCAGCUGAGGGCCACAGCUGCUCGAAUCAAGGACAACUACACUGAGAGAGAUAGAGUGUUUCCACCAUUUGGGGACGACUACAUCAUCUGCAGUGAUGGCUGGCCCACUGCAACAGUCCAGUCACCACCAACCCACAUGACUUCAGAGCCUCUGCGGCGGGAGAGCCUGUCUGCCACACCUCCUCUUUCAUCUCAAGAGGAUGUUCCCCUCUUUAUACAGCGAGAGACUAGACCUGCUCGUUCGCCCGAAGAGGAAGCCCCUUCCCUCUCUGUUCAUCCCAGCGAGGCCACAGAUGUGGUCCCCUCCAAAGAGAAGGUCUUCAUCUCGUACUAUCCUGAGUCCAGCACCAGAUCUUCUAUGGCCAGUCUUGUGGGGGAUCUGGAGCAGUGUUGGUCUCAGUGUUCAUUACGCCAACGAUCGAGAGAUGAUGGAUGCCGAGUUCAAGACAACUGCCUUUGCUCGCUGCUUCAACAUUGUCGUGUUUGUCACUCCACGCUACCUCAGUGAGUACCAGCAGCUGGACGCUAAUCCUUCUCUCCCCUCAUCAUACCUCAAGAUUGACCGGACAAUGAUCCGCAACAUCUUUUUCAACGAACAGAAGCGGCUAAUUCUGGUGUCCCUGGAUGAGUACAUGAACCAGCGCUGUGUUCCAUCUCUCUACCAGGCUCUUCGGCUGUACCACUAUCCCUCACAGCUCACCGACUUGCGCCACUGCGUCACUGACGUCCCGAAAUUUAUUGCUCCACCUCCAAGACCAAAGAUAUCCGUGGAGCCAACCAAAAUCUUCUUUCCUCAUGAAGUGGCAGCUUAUGAAGCUCGGCAGAGUGCUCCCUUGCCCAUAAAAUUACAGCCUCGUUCACAGAGACGAUCUGUUCAGCCCAUCAGAAUUGCACCUCCUCCUCAGAGCCCUCCCAAGAAAUCCUUGUUCGGAAGAAUGUUCAAGAAACGAUGAACGUGUCCUUCGUGUGCGUGUGUGUGUGUCAUGUGGUGUGGUUUGUGUACUCGUGUGAUGAUUGUUUUCUCCGGAUGUGGUGUUUCACAUUCGC